GAAAAAAGAUGUCUCUCAAAUUUGCAAUGGCAGCCGUGCGAUACAUUAGUAUAUAUUUUAGGCAACGUAAAGCCUCAGUCACAACCAGAAACACGUAUUUUUUCAAUGGUGCUUCGACUGCACUUUUCGCCAUAGGUGAUAGUAGCAGAAGGAGUUGAGGAAGGAGAAGAUAGCAGUCAAUUCGUUAAAUUGGAGUAAGAACAACGUAAGGUGACAGUACCACCGUGGUCAAAUGUCAUUUGGUUCGCAAAGACAUUGUUUUGUCUCGAGAUUAUUCGCGGACCAAUCACACGGCGCGUACAAGAAAUGUGUACUCUGUGACCUCAUUGUUGGCUGUCAGUGGAAGAGAAGAAGGUUCGUCUGAAGCAACAUGCCCUUUGUUGCAAAACAAGUAAGUGAAUUUUUUUAUGGUUCAUGAAGAUAGCCAUGCAGUUUUUCGAUUAGAUAGAUAGAUAGACGGCAGGUAGGCGUUAGAUAGCCAUGCAGUUUUUCGAUUAGAUAGAUAGACGGGCAGGCAGGCGUUAGAUGUUCCAGACAGUGUGAGGGGUGUUGUAGAAGAUAUGGGAGUUGGAGGGUUUGUAUAGUAAUUCUAUUGAUUUAUUGCAUUGAACAUAUAUGAUGUUAUGAUAACAAUGCACUUCAUAAUAUUCAUAUAUGAUGUAUUUCAAUUCCGAUGAAAAUAUAUAAUUUACUUCGAUCUUUUUUCCCAUUAGCACCACCCCUGUUUCAGACAGCAUGGAAGAUUUUCCGAACGAUAGGAGAAAGUGAUGGAUUGGAAUUUUCAAUCUUCUUUGAAGGUUUUGCAGACCCUCAUCCAGCACCUUAUCCAGCACCUCAUCCAGUACCUUAUCCAGCACCUCACCCAGCACCUUAUCCAGCACCUCAUCCAGUACCUUAUCCAGCACCUCAUCCAUCACCUUAUCCAGCACCUCAUCCAGCACCUUAUCCAGCACCUCAUCCAUCACCUCAUCCAGCACCUUCACAGGAACCUGCCGUGCGUUCAUUUAUGGUCGACUUCGAAGCGGGGAUAAGGAAAGCUCUGCGGCGUGUAUUCCUCGAAACUUCUAUCACAGGAUGUGCGUUUCAUUGGAGGAAGGCAGUGUUCCAGAAGGUGCAGAACUUGGGGCUCCAGAUUCCAUACCAGGAGCGAGCAGAUGACGUCAACCAAUUUGUCCGCAAAGUGACAGCCGUUCCACUCCUGUCCGCAGAGCACACCUGGGCAGCGUUUGAUCACCUUGUCCUGUCGACAGCCCAACAACCCCUCCUCUUGGACCCCCUGUGCUAUGUGGAGGACACGUGGAUGAUGAGUACCGUGUGACCUAUCGAGUCCUGGUCCGAACAUGUAUAUAAGCGAACGAUCCGGACCAACAACGUGACGAUACCGAGGGGUAGCAUAUCCGGAUGAAUGUAGACAGGACACAGAUAUUUGAAUUUUGAAUAUAUUGAGGGGAAAACUAUUUCAAAAUAAAUUAUUUAUAAAGAAUAUUUAAUAAAAACAUAGAAUAUUGUGUAAAAUUCAUAAAAUGCCCCCCGGCAAAGGUAACACAUUGAUAAUUCCUUUUAUUUAUUAUCUCAGGGGCGCGUCAAGGUCAACCUGUAUUUGUUGGUAGAGUUUCUUAUGAAAUAAGCCGAUCUGCGCCCUCUGCAGUGAGAGGAAACUGUAUAGAUACCAGCAGAAGUCCGCCAAGGAGGUCAUCUUAAUUCACGCCAAGAUCGUCAAAGUAUGGGAUGAGUACGAAGAAGGCAGUUUGUCAACGGAAUCUCUUCAGAAAAAGCUCGACAGCCUAUACCCCCCCCCCCCAGGUGAGGAGUACAGGAAUAUUAAUUAUUGCUAACUUGAUAUUAUAUGUUCAUUUAUUUUUCAAUAUAUACUUGUAUAUUUUGUUACUAUGUAACCUUAUAGUUUGUUUGUGCAUAUAUUUGUUUUGUUCACUUGUAUAAUUUCUUACCAUGUAACCUUAUAGUUUGUUUGUGCAUAUAUUUGUUUUGUUCACUUGUCUAAUUUCUUACCAUGUAACCUUAUAGUUUGUUUGUGCAUAUAUUUGUUUUGUUCACUUGUAUGAUUUCUUACCAUGUAACCUUAUAGUUUGUUUGUGAAUAUAUUUGUUUUGUUCACUUGUAUGAUUUCUUACCAUGUAACUUUAUAGUUUGUUUGUGCAUAUAUUUGUUUUGUUCACUUGUAUAAUUUCUUACCAUGUAACCUUAUAGUUUGUUUGUGCAUAUAUUUGUUUUGUUCACUUGUAUAAUUUCUUACCAUGUAACCUUAUAGUUUGUUUGUGCAUAUAUUUGUUUUGUUCACUUGUCUAAUUUCUUACCAUGUAACCUUAUAGUUUGUUUGUGCAUAUAUUUGUUUUGUUCACUUGUAUAAUUUCUUACCAUGUAACCUUAUAGUUUGUUUGUGCAUAUAUUUGUUUUGUUCACUUGUAUAAUUUCUUACCAUGUAACCUUAUAGUUUGUUUGUGCAUAUAUUUGUUUUGUUCACUUGGAUCUGUUUAGUUUGUCUUGACAUUUCUGUAAUGAUUUGUUUCUUUUACAUGUAUAUAUUAUGUUUAUAGAUCUAUAGAUAUUUAUUAAGGUAGGUAAAUACUAUUAGAAAUUUCUGUCAAUCAAUUUUUUUUCCAUUUAAAUAACUUUAACAACUCAUAAACUAACUAAAAAGUCCAUAUAAGACAUACCUUUGCAGGUUUAUUUUUAUACUAUGUGCUACAGUUGACAUAUACCCCCAAAUGCAAAAGCCAAAUUCAAACACAAGAAUGCAUUAUCUCAUGUUUUAUUAAAAAUAUGCACCAAAGCACAUCAUAUUAAGCUAUAAUAUAUAAAAACCAAUAGCUAUUCAUUUACUGAGAGAAUUUUUAAAGAUAUUCAAUUGAAAACAUACACAAUUGCUGUUUAAUCUGCUCACAUCCUUCAGAAAAAAAUCACAGAAUAUCGCAAUUUUGAAAAAUUCUCAAAAUCUAAAUUGUUUACAUGCCAGUUUUUCUUUAAAAAUAUUUAGAAUUAUAUCUAAGGUUAACAAAAAAACAUAUUUUACCAUAGUUGACCAGAGAUAUUUUGCAAAAUGGUCUCUUGAAUAUGUAAACCCCCAUUUUUAAAUUUAAGUUUUACAAUUAUUCUUUGCACACUUUGAAAAUAGUAAAUUGUAACAGCAAAUACAGUCUUAAAAUCAAGAUUAACAGAAUAUGACAAUAUAUAUAUAUGCAAAACAUACUGAAAAUUUUGUUCUACCAGACAAUUAGAACACAAGGGGGGGGGGGGGCACCCCCACCCCUUCCUUUUUCUCACAAUUUUUUUUAGUGUGUGUGUUAUUCUUUUUUUGUUUGGCUAUCAAUCAUAUAAUGCAUAAAAAUACAUACAUGCUAUCUCAUACUUAUAGAAAAAAUAAAUAUAGUGUAACAUA